UGUGGGCCUAAUCGUAUCGGACGACGGGCCCCAAACAGCAAGCUUAAAUACCGCUCCUCUGCGGCCUCCAACGCAGAGCAGGGCCGGCGGUUCGAACGGCCUGACUCUCGUCAAAAAAAAUUAUUAGAGAGAGAGAGAGAGAGGAGGGAGAAAUCUCAUCGCAGGCGAACGGAGGACGGGAAGAACGUCACUUCCAGGUUGGUGAACAAUGGGUGCCGGUGGCCGAACCUCCAUUCCUCCCAAGGCCAAAAGGCCCGAAACCAACGUCCUCCGUCGAGUCCCUCACUCGAAGCCCCCAUUCACACUCGGCGAGGUCAAAAAAGCCAUACCACCCCACUGCUUCAACCGAUCCGUUCUCCGCUCAUUCUCCUACGUUGUUUACGACCUCCUCAUAUCCUCCCUGCUCUAUUACGUCGCCACUACCUACAUCCACCUCCUUCCCUCACCGCUAUCCUUCCUCGCAUGGCCGCUUUAUUGGAUCUGCCAGGGAUGUGUCCUAACCGGGGUCUGGGUGGUGGCCCAUGAGUGUGGCCACCACGCCUUCAGCAACUACCAGUGGCUAGAUGACACGGUCGGCCUCAUCCUCCACUCCGCCCUCCUCGUCCCCUACUUUUCUUGGAAACAUAGCCACCGCCGCCACCACUCCAACACCGCUUCCAUGGAGCGUGAUGAGGUAUUUGUUCCCAAGCCCAAGUCCGAAAUCGGAUGGUACGCCAAGUACCUCAACAACCCGCCGGGCCGAAUCUUCAGCAUCCUUAUAACCCUCACUCUAGGCUGGCCAUUGUACCUAAUGUUCAACGUCUCGGGCCGGAAGUACGACCGGUUCGCCUGCCACUACGACCCCUACGGCCCAAUCUACUCAAACCGCGAGCGGGCCCAAAUCUUCCUUUCAGACGCGGGGAACCUAGCCGUCGGUCUCGUGCUUUAUAAGCUAGCAGCAGCAAAAGGCCUGACUUGGGUCCUCUCUGUAUACGGAGUCCCGCUUCUCAUUGUGAACGGGUUUCUUGUUUUGAUCACUUGGUUACAACACACUCACCCGGCCUUGCCUCACUAUGACUCGUCCGAGUGGGACUGGUUCAGGGGCGCCCUUGCGACCGUCGACCGUGACUACGGAAUUUUAAACAAAGUGUUCCAUAAUAUUACGGACACUCAUGUGGCCCAUCAUUUGUUUUCGACCAUGCCGCAUUACCACGCGAUGGAGGCAACCAAGGCGAUUAGGCCGAUUUUGGGGGAGUACUAUCAGUUUGAUGGGACACCGUUAGUGAAGGCGAUCUGGCGGGAAGCCAAGGAGUGUGUUUAUGUUGAGGCUGAUGAUGGCGGCCAGAAAGGUGUUUUUUGGUACAACAACAAGCUUUGAUUUGGGUCUCCUUCUCCCUUGGGAAGUUUAGGUUAUUUAUAUAUGUCUUUGUGAUGGAACCCUAAUUUUUUUCAGAUGAUGAAUUAUUGGUGUUGGUCACUUGGAUGAUGAUGUUGGCCAUUUUAGUUAUAUCCUAUGGGAAAGAAUAAUAAAUCGUGCUUCCAAGUUCCAACCAA